AUGUGUGAAUUUAAAAGCAAACCUGAAAGUGUGACCCGCGGUGCGGAGAAAACUAAACUAACAGUCGCCACAGUUGAAAACGGCGGCAAUGGUACCUUUAAUUCGACCCCAUUAAGCAAGGGCACCGAAUACUAUGAAACUGCAUUGGAGGCAACGACAUUUGGCAAAUUCAAUUACCUGCUUAUAUUAAUAUGUGGUCUCAUACUUGCCAAUGUCCUGCUGGAGACACUGGCCAUAAGUUUUGUAUUACCCGUAUCACAAUGUGAUUUGAAUUUAUCGGUGCAGGAACGUGGUAUUAUGAGUGCUAUUGGAUUUGCUGGCAUAAUAACGAGUUCCCAUUUGUGGGGAUUUUUGGCUGACACCACGGGGAGAAGGAAUGUAAUACGACCAACGUUGUUGAUUGGAUUUGCCAUAACGGUGGUAUCGAGUUUCUCCACCAACUUUUGGACAUUGGUUAUUUUGAGAUAUUUGAAUGGUAUUUGCGUUUCUGGUGGCUCGGCCACAGUCUACGCUUAUUUGGGUGAAUUCCACACACAGAAAAAUCGCUCACGUGCCAUCAUGAGUGCAGCAUUUAUUUUUGGUGUGGGUGCAAUGCUAAUGCCUGCCAUUGCCUGGGUAUUUAUUAAUCAAGAAUGGCGUUUGCCAUUGCCAUUUUUGGGUUUAACCUAUAAGCCAUGGAGGUUAUUUAUGAUCAUUUGUGGUGUUCCCGGAUUAUUGUGUGGCCUUAGCUUGUUCAAAAUCCCGGAAAGUCCUAAAUUUUUACUCAGCAUGGGUGAAGAGGAGAAAUGUGUAAAGAUUUUGCAGAACAUAUUUAGCAUUAAUACCGGAAAGGCCAAGGAGGAAUAUCCGAUCGCCCAUGUCAAAGAGGAUUUGGAUAGCAGCAGCAAUAAACCCCACACCCCGGCCGAUUUGAGUGGUCGCCGUAAUCCUGUACUUAACAUUCUAAAAUCGAUGUGGGUUCAGACACAACCUCUAUUCAAUCGUGAAUAUGCACGCACCACAAUUCUCAUUUGUACCAUACAAUUUUUGAUUUUCUGCACCUCGAACGGAAUGUAUAUGUGGUUCCCUUCGAUUUUGAAUAGUGUGGCGGAAUAUAUGAAUGAGAAUCCCAAUAAUAGAACGUAUAUAUGCCAGGUGGUCUAUGCCAAACAAAAAGAAACAUUCGAAUUGGAAAUGGCAUUGAAACAGGAUGAAAGUUUGGUAGCCGAAUGUAAUGAAAAAUUGGAAAUAUCCACAUUUCAACAUUCGUUGAUUUUGGAAGUGCUAUAUGCGGUGGGUUUUGCCGCGAUUGGCAGUAUUAUUAAUCGCAUUGGCAAACGUUUGAUAUUGUUUGUUUGCCUUGCUGUCUGUGGCGCCUGCGGUGUGGCCACAAUAUUUGUUGAUCAUCCUAUGGUUGCCAUUUAUUUGUUUGUGGUCUUGCUGCUCUGUGGUUUGGGCAUCAACGUGUUAAGUGCAUCCACAGUGGAAUUGUAUCCCACCAGAUUAAGGGCCAUGGCUGUUUGUAUUUCCUUGAUGAUGGGCCGUUUGGGUAGUGUAGCGGGUGCCAAUAUUGUUGGUGCCCUCAUAAUCAAUCACUGUGACACUGCCUUCAUACUAUCCGGAUCAUCCCUAAUAUUUGCUGCCUUUUUGGGUUUCCUUAUCGUAAAGAAAAACAAAAAACAAUCACUUCCACCAAGACGUUUAAGUUUGGUCUCCAUGACGGGGAACUAA